AUGUCAAGCAGAAAGAAGAAUAUCCUAAAAGUUAUCAUAUUGGGAGACUCUGGAGUCGGAAAAACGUCAUUGAUGCACCGAUAUGUUAGCGAUAAGUUUUCCCAGCAAUACAAGGCUACCAUUGGGGCCGAUUUUCUGACAAAAGAGGUGACCACAGAUGGUGACAAAGUGGCUACCAUGCAGGUGUGGGACACGGCAGGCCAAGAACGGUUCCAGUCGCUUGGCGUGGCUUUCUACAGAGGUGCAGACUGCUGUGUGCUGGUGUACGACGUGACAAACGCCAAGUCGUUUGAGAACCUCAAGUCGUGGCGCGACGAGUUUCUGGUACAUGCUAACGUAUCGUCGCCGGAAACGUUCCCGUUCGUGAUUUUGGGCAACAAAUUGGAUGUGGAGGAAUCGAAAAAAGUCGUGAGCAACCGGGCUGCUCAGGAUAUGGCCAAGUCUCUGGGAAAUAUCCCUCUUUUCCUGACCAGUGCCAAGGGCUCCAUCAAUGUCGACACAGCGUUCGAGGAAAUCGCCCGUAACGCACUGCAGCAGAGCCAGGCUGACGCUGACGCUUUCGAAGACGAUUUCAAUGACGCCGUCAACAUCCAGCUCGAUGGCGAGCCAAGCUCGUGUAGUUGCUGA